GUAGGCUCACUAAUGUCUCUCUCUCUCUCGUUCUUGCUCUCUGUCUCGCUCUUGCUCUCGCUCACAUGCCCAUCAGAACUCCACCCGUAUGUUUCUCUCCCUCAAUCGCUCAAUCUCUCUGUUUCUGUCUCGAUGUCUCAAUCUCUCUUCCUCUCUUGAUCUCUCAAUCUCUCUUUCGUAUGAUCUUGCUCGCUCUCUGUAUCUGUGUACAUCUCUCGCAGCGAUUUGCGCGAUUCAUCAGUAUCAAGUUGUAGGGAGAGCUCUUCCUAUGGAGACCGAUCAGCAUCCGAAGAUCUACCGCAUGAAGCUCUGGGCCACCAACGAGGUUCGGGCCAAGUCCAAGUUCUGGUAUUUUCUGAGGAAGCUUAAGAAGGUGAAGAAAAGCAAUGGUCAAAUGCUCGCUAUCAAUGAGGCAUAUGUCUAUCUAUCUCAUAGAGUCCUAGACGAAAUUAGAGUUGAUGUUGCCUCUCAGUUAUCAGCGGGCAUCCAAAGGAAGAAUAGCUGGAAAGAAGACCGAGGAUGCUAACAGGUAUCUUACUGUUUCUUCAUGGAUUCAUAUUCCUAGUUUCUAUUUUGAUUCUUACUUCUACUAUUUCGAGUCUUUGGAAAUCUUUUUAUAAGAUAACUACAGUUAAAAUAAAUAAUUCAAAUUAUUUUAACAAAUAAACUAGUUUUGCUGCUAGACACAGCUCAUGGAGAGCCAAGUGUGGAUUCUGUUCACGUUUUUCUUAAGCAAGUGCGACAUGCCAAUGAUCGAGCACUAAUCUUAAAUUGCUUAUAUAACCAAGAUGAUAAGGUUCUUCCUUAGUCCAUUUUCUUCGGUUACGUGUCUAAUGAUGUGAAGGUAUGACUCACCUAAUGCUAAUCUUAAGUCAGCUCAAUAAGGCUCAAUACCAGAUACUUGGUGUUGAAUCUUGUACGACCAAUCCACCUAUCUAAUUUCCAAUUGAUCAUUAAUCAAUAGUGUUUUUCCUGUUUCCUUAAUCCACAUGCUUUCUCAGCUUCCCCUCACCCUUACAAGUCCCUUGACCUUAAUCAUAUCACUCCUCAAAAACCAGCAAAUACCCUUGAUUUAUCCUGACCAAACUGCUUUCAACUUCACCACUGCUUCUCCCAAUGAGAAGAGUCUGGUGACCUCCAAAAAAAUACAUUUAUAGUUCAUUUUACUGAACCGUCUUUUAUUUUACCCCUCGUUAAGCACUCUGUAAUAUUUUGAACUUCAGUUUAUGAAAAAAGUUUACUUUUUGGUCACUUGGCACUACGAAUUCUGGAGGCAUGCUAUGUUGUGGUUGUCCAACAAUUUCUACUCAAUUUGAUACAUAAAUGUCAAUCACACAACAUUUCAAAGGUACUCCUUUUCAUUAUAUACAUCCUUUUCAUAUACUUAAUUUUGUAUGUUAGAAUGCUGUUGGUUUUUAUUGGUUGUUAAUUGCUUGGAGUAUGUUGUUAUUUUAAAAAUUUUACAGUUUACCCGUGGGUCAAAUAUUGUUAUUUGAGUCUCAUAUGGAGUCUUUAUUAGUUAUAGAAUAUUGUAAAUUUGUAAUAAGUCAAAGCUUCUUAACUUUUCUUAAUUUUGGAAUCAUGGUCCUAAUAGAAUUAGGAGAACCCAGCACUCUAUAAAUACGUAUAUAUCUGUUCUAUGGAGUUCUCUUGAAAUUUGAUGUAAAACAUUUGUCACUUUGAGUGAUGCUUUGUGAAACCUUACCUUAGGGGGUUAUUCCUCCUCUUCUUUAUUUACAAAACAUUUAUUCCUGGGUUACUAUUCACAGCCCCAAAACAGUGCAAAUUUCAGGCACAAGAACCUUACCUAAUCAAGCCUAAAUUGCCACCAACCAUUGUCCUUGCCUUUCAGCUUUUAUUGUCACACCAAAAUAUCAUAAAAUAAAUGUUUUCCUGGAACAUUUUGGGACCACUUCUUAAGACCCAACAACCAAAUACUUCUGAAAAUCAAGCCAAUUGUCACCCUUUUUCCAUCUAAAACAGUCAAACCUGCCCUCCACCUUUUAGAACUCUAAGCCUAGAAACUUUCCAUAGCUAAAAACCCGCUACUAGAUACAUCAUAUGUAGUGACCCUUUGUUUCUAAGGCUGUCCCCCUAGUUCUAUUGUUCCCCUUUUUCUUCUUCUUUCCUUCUUGUUGAAUGAAGCAUCUUUAAAUCAUAAUUGCACACACGUGCAUGACUAGUUGUAGAGAAUAAAGCCCAUAGCGUUGAUUAUCAAGUCUUG